AAAAACAAAGUGAACCUGGAGCACAUCGAGUCGCGGUCCUCCCACCGCAGCGACGAGUACGAAUUCAUUCUGGAGAUCAGCACCGAGUCGCCCAACGUCAGCAAAGCGCUGGAGGAGCUGCGAGAGAAGUCCACCUACUUCCAGAUCGUCUCCAGAAACUACAAGAACAAUGCCGCGGCGGGCGUGGUGCCCUGGUAUCCGCAGAAGAUCUCCGACCUCGACAAGUUCGCGGACCAGAUCCUGUCCUACGGCAGUGAGCUCGACUCGGACCACCCCGGCUUCACCGACGUCGAGUACAGGAAGCGGCGCAAGGAGUUCGCCGACAUCGCUUACAACUACAAACACGGCACGCCCAUACCGCGCGUCGAGUACAGCAAGGAUGACGUCGAUACGUGGGGCAAAGUGUUCCGCCGACUCACCGAGCUGUACCCCACGCACGCCUGCAAGGAGCAUAACCGGGCCUUCCCGCUGCUGAUCGAGCACUGCGGUUACCGGGAGGACAACAUCCCCCAGCUGGAGGACAUCUCAACGUUCCUUAAAAGCAGCACGGGCUUCACCCUGCGUCCCGUGGCCGGCCUGCUGUCGUCGCGCGACUUCCUGGCGGGCCUGGCGUUCCGCGUGUUCCACUCGACCCAGUACAUCCGGCAUCCAAGCCGGCCGUUCUACACGCCUGAGCCGGACGUGUGUCACGAGGUGCUGGGUCACGUGCCGCUGCUGGCCGACCCGAGCUUCGCCCGCUUCAGUCAGGAGAUCGGCCUGGCCUCGCUCGGCGCACCAGACGAAUACGUGGAGAAGCUGGCCACGUGCUACUGGUUCACGGUCGAGUUCGGCCUGUGCCGGCAAGACAACGAGCUGAAGGCGUACGGCGCCGGUCUGCUCUCGUCGUUUCGGCGAGCUCGAGUACCUGUUCUCUCCGACAAGCCGGACGUGCGCGAGUUGCCCGAGAAGACGGGCGUGCAGAAGUACCCCAUCACUGAGUACCAGCCCGUGUACUACGGCGACAGCUUCGAGGAGGACGCCAAGGACAAGAUGAUGUGA